UUGACCAGCCUAUGUUUCCGUUAUGCAGAGGUUCUUCGAAUUCUUUGGAGGGACCGGCUCUUCUUUUAUGGUGGACUCAGUGAUUGAACCUUGAAACUAACAUACAACCUUUACAGAGGACACCACUGCCUGUUUUAGGCUCCGCCAGUAAGAUGAAGCCUCUAACACAGUGCUUUCUUAUACUCUUGGACUGGUUAAUCUUAUGGUUGAAAUAUGGCCUCAGAAUACUUUUAGGUGUUUUUCCAGAAGCCGACCGUUGGAUAGUAAUCUCAGGUAUCACAGAGACUGACUCACGUGAGGCGGACUCAGACGAGUGGAAAACCAAUGAGGCGCUCCGCACAUUCUGCCCGGGAGAUGGAGACGAAACCAAGGUGACUGUCCAAACCAGCACACACACCUUUCAUGUGGACCUUCAAAGGCUUUCCCAGAGCAGCGAGUACUUCCGGGCCUUGUCCCAGUCCAGAAUGAGAGAGACCUCAGAGAGCUUGAUUCACCUGGAUCACGUGUCGUCUUCGAUCUUUUACAAUCUCCUUCAGUUCUCCUUCCAUGAUCAUUUUAAAAUCCCUGUGGAGCAGUUAGGAGAACACAUCCAGGUCAGCAGCUAUCUCCUGGCUGAAGACUUCCUCCUGAAGUGCCUGUCUGUCCUGGCAGAAAAGCUCAGGGCGUCCAACUGCCUGUCAUACCUGAGUCUGGCUCAGGAAAUCUGCUGUGCCGAGAUGAAGGCGACUGUCCUGACUUACCUGAGUAGAAACCUGCUGGAGUUGCCACAUGUCAUCAGAUGUCUGAACGACGAGGAUAAAGAGGACGUUGUUUACUUGAGGACGCAAGGGGAACGACGCGUCUGCAGUCUGAGGAAAGAGAACUUGACCACUUGGAAAGACCCGGAAACAGAAAGAGCCCGACACGUACUCACACUGGCAGGAUCAGAGGAGGGUGGAGACUGGCGCCCGAUCGCAGAGUUCCCCUUCAGGGCCGAUAAAUGGUGUUUCACUACAGUGGUGCUUUAUAACUACCUGUACAUCAUAGGAGGCUACAGGCAGCGAGAGAAGAGAGGCUGGGAGUUCAGGAUGGCCUCCUUCCGGUACAACCCCCUCACUGACACGUGGACCGCCACAUCUCCUCUGAUAAAGCACAGACGGCACUUCAGCGCCGUGGCCUGUGAGGGCUGUAUCUAUGCUGUGGGGGGCUGGUACCUGGACUCUCUGGUCACUCCCGACUCCAGCACGGCUCUUUAUACCGCCGUAGAGCGCUAUGAUCCAUGGGAAGACUCGUGGAGGUUUGUUUCGUCGCUGCCGCUCAUUGACUUCCAGUUCACCAUGUCCUUGUCCCAUGACGUGCCCCUCGCCACCAGCCUUGGACGCUGUGUUUACGUGCUGGGGAGCAUCCAGAGGACUGGAGAGAAACUGUUGCUGCAAUAUGACACACAGCAAGAUUCUUGGUCCGAACUGCUCCCCACCCUCACAAGAGCAGAUGUGGACCUUCCUACUCUUUACUUCUUGGGGAGCACUGACAGGCUGCUGGUGAUCGGUGGGAACAACUCCGAGAAUGUAGUGACUUCUUACUGUGUUCAGUCACAAAAGUGGGGAGAGGUGCACAGAACUGAGAAAGUGGCGUUUGCUGGACAGGGGACAGUUGUGGAAAACCAUGUCUUGAUGCCAAGUGUUGAGCAUAACAGUGUUACAAAGAUGGAUCUCCAGAGUUUCUCCCUGAGAUCUCUUCCUCCCCUUCCUGUCUCCACAUGCUAUGAAUCUGCAUUUUAUUUACACUUCUGACUGUUUAUGUAUUAAUUAUUUUUUGUUUGAUUUUUUUUCAACCAAAUUUGUUGGUGCUUUGAAGCUUUUCUCAAACUAAAUGCAAUAAUUGCCCUAAAGAGGAUUAUUUUUUGAUAGUUUUUAUCUUUUGUGCUUUAAAUCACAGUCCCGUGUUUCAGAGUUAUUGUCUCAGGACAGAUUAUGCUUA